UCGGCGUCGGGCUCGCUCCGAAAACCGCGGCCGGCGGGAUGGCCGCGCUCCGCGAGGCGUCCGCAAAGCGCGGCGAGCGCCGCAGGGUUCCUCCAGGAUCUGUGCUAGCAUCCCCUUCUUCUCUGGAAGCCUGAGGUGCUGUCUUGGUACCCAGAGCGUGCAUAUCUCUCUCUCUCUCUCUCUCUCUCUCUCUCUCUCUCUCUCUCUCUCUCUCCCUCUCUCCCUGCUUCAUUUUCUACCUCCCCCCCCCCCACUGGCUUACCUGGAUGCCUGCUUACCACAGACCCACGCCUCCCUGGCCUCUGCUUCAGCACAUCCUCUCCAGCGACAUUGGAUAGACUUCAGCUGGCAGGAGGAUCAAGGGAUUUUUCUUCAGGCUGGGACGCAAGUUGUGGCUCUCCUCAACUGGCAGAGAUCUACCGGUAACUCUCAGGGCAGCAACGGCAGAGGAACAAUAUUAGCUGGAUUCACGCACAGAGACAGGGGAGGCUAAUCUGGCACAACUUGCGAUCCUAAUUUUGGUUGGCUGUGGCUGACCCUGAUUUGGAAGAUCUCCCCUUGUGUGGCAGCACUAGGGAAACCACAGCGGUAAGGCAGGUCAGGAUCCUGAGCGGAGUGUCCAAGAAGCCACUUCCCCCCCCUAUGUGAGAAUCCUCUGUAGCCUCUUCUCCUCCAGGCUGUCACAAAGCGCUGGGACCCAUCUCUCCUUUUCUACUUUCACCUCUUGAGAGGCUGGGCACCAUACCAUUCCUUUCCUUUCUCCCCCCUCCAAAAAAAGAGACUGAAGGAUGAUUUCCACGCAUGGAGGCACCCCUCAUUGUACCCCACUCUUGCUUUGCUAGCCCAGGCUGUUUGGAUUGCGAUGGAUGGGGUGAGACCUGUGCUGGCAACAUGAUGUAGCGAUUCCUUCAGGCAAAGGCACCUGGGACUUUGGAUCCUGAGUUUGGAACAAUCUGCCAAUUGGACAAAACCUUUCCCUGCAGACUCCCUUUUUCAGGUCCUGGAAGUGGCAAGCUUCAUUGCGAGUGGGGAGAAUCCAGGCGGUGCUCUGAGAUUUUGGCAGGGUUGGCUUGGGCAGUCUUGACCGUGAAGAUUCUCAUCUUCCAGACCGUGGCUUGUAGCCACAUGGAAGACCUGGGAAAGUCCACGUCGUGGCUGCGGGCUGAGCUGGCCUCCCCGUCUCUGUGCCUCCACAUCCUGGACUGCCGCAGCCGGGAGCUGUACGACUCGUCCCACGUGGAGCGGGCCCUGAGCGUGGCCCUCCCGGGGCUGCUGCUUCGUCGUCUCCGGAAGGGGAAUCUUUCAGUCGGGUCCUUGCUGCCGGGGCCUCCCCAGGCCCUCAGGGAUAGCACGGUGCUCCUAUAUGACGAGGGAACGCUCCAGCUGCCCCCAUCAGGGAGCCAGGAGGAGGACGAAGGGUCAGUGCUGGUGACGCUUCUGCAGAAGCUGCGGGAGGAAGGUUGCCCCGCCUACUACCUGCAAGGAGGCUUCCAUAAAUUUCAGGCUGAAUGGCCGCACCUCUGUGAGACCAACCUGGACACAGCCAGUGCCAGUAGCUCACCUGUGCCCCCGGCAGCUCCUGUGGUGGGACUGGGCGGCCUGAGCCUCAGCUCCGACUGCUCCGAUGCAGAGUCGGGGCCCCUCAGCAGCGGGGUGGAGUCGGAAGGGGCGAGCCCCCCCUCCUUCCCCGUGCAGAUUCUACCCAACCUCUACCUGGGCAGCGCCCGUGACUCUGCCAACAUGGACACCCUGGCCAAGCUGGGCAUCCGCUACAUCCUCAACGUCACCCCCAACCUGCCCAACCUCUUUGAGAAGAACGGCGACUUCCAUUACAAGCAGAUCCCUAUCUCGGACCACUGGAGCCAGAACCUCUCUCAGUUCUUCCCUGAGGCCAUUGAGUUCAUUGAUGAGGCCCUGUCCCGGAACUGUGGCAUUCUGGUGCACUGCUUGGCGGGGAUCAGCCGCUCGGUGACCGUCACUGUAGCCUACCUCAUGCAGAAGCUCAACCUGUCCCUCAACGACGCCUACGAUCUGGUGAAGCGGAAGAAGUCCAACAUCUCGCCCAACUUCAACUUCAUGGGACAGCUGCUGGACUUUGAGAAGUCGCUGGGGCUCAGCAGGGCUAGCCGGCGCCCCCCCUCUGGCCAGAGCUGCUUCUUCACCUCGCCAACUGACGACAGCGUCUUUGAGCUGGAUCCCACGUAGGGCCAAAACAGGGCGGUGGCCUCUCUUCUUGUCAUCGUUGUUGGCCUCCUCCUCUUCCUCUUCAGUGUUACCUGCCUGCCCUGGUGGCAGAGUCCCUUUGGGGACCAACUGAAUACCUCACACCAGAGAGGAAGGCACCUCUUACAGCUGCCUAGGUUGCUGUGGAUGCUGCACACCUUCCCAAACAUGCAGCUCAGCUGAUGGGGCCAGAUCCAUAACCAAAGACCCUCCCUGCCCCCACAACCCUUCCACCUGCCUCUCCAUUCCCCCAAGAUCCCUGGACAAAUGUUGAGUGUCUCCUCUGGACACACAGACCGUGUGGUCCAGACCAGCCUGUUAGAUUUUAAAAGAUUUGGAAUGGGCCGUUUUCAGGGCUGGAACCUGCUGGUUGCUAAAAUGCCCAUCUUAUAUAGGACGUUUCCCAUUCUACAGCCAUAAUCUAGAAACUGGUUAGGUUGCAGACCUUUGGCUCCCAUGAGAAUCCUCUCUCCCCAGGACUUCUGGUUCUAGAGCUGCAUCAUUCAGUUUAAGGGGGGGAAUGGGGGGGAUAUGAAAGAGAGAAACAAGUCUCCUGUGGCAGUUCUGUAAUGAAUAAAGGGAUAAUCCAGAUUAGAAACCUAUAUCUCAAAGGUGAAAGGUUCCCCAACUAUCUAUCUUGUUCUUGGUUCUAGAACCAUGAACCACAGAAUCCAAAACAGUGUCACAGCAUGUAUAGUCUGAGAAUCUAGAAUUGCCUUAAGGAGCCCCUGCCAGGAAUGGUACAAGACACCAAACAAAAGCAUCUACACCCUUUUAAGCCUUUGGCCUCCGGUUCUAGGAAUUAAUCCUAUCAUGCCUGAUGCAAGAACUGCAGCUCUGGAACUGGGACAGUUAAGGAAUCUCUGGGUCAAGAACUUACGAGCUUUGGAUGCAGAUUCAGAAGCCUGUGUCAUUCAUCAUACCUCAACCAUCAUCUGCCCCACAACGUCCCAUCCCAAAAGCAGGCCGGCCAGCCACUCUGGAAUUAAUCCAGCUAUUUCGGAAAAGCAGAAGGAAAAUGUGUGGGGUCGAAGCUUUGGAGCAGAUUUGCAUCGGGGAGCCAGCUGGAAGACCUAGAUAGUAGGGAGCAUGGUGAUCAGUUCCUGCACAGAGGUGGAGAAAGUGGAGCAGCUCAGAAUUCCAUGUCUGUGUUUGUACAAAGUUUGAAUGUGUGUAUGCCUUAAUGCCUGCUUGUAAGCAGCCAGAGCUGUGUUUGUGAGUACUAGACAGCGUCUGCUUAGCCUGCAUGCAGGGCUUAAUUUGUGGCCAGAACGUAGGGCUGAAACUUGCUUUCAGUGUCAGGUGCUCCGUCCAGGCACAAGUUAAGUAGUAACAAAGAAGAGAGCACCUCUGAGCAUGGGCAGAAAAACAAUCAAAGAAGAAGUAGGUAAAUGGGCAGACUGCUGGCCACAGACUGCUCCCCUGCAAUAGGCUACAGUUCUUGGGUAAAAGGAUGUGACUUGUACUAAGUAGGCAUGCACUCAGCACUUCCUUUUAAAAAAAAUGAAUUAAAUUAACCAUUGCCUGUAAGUGAGUGUAGUCAGAUAACAGAUUGUGCCUGUAUGUUCUAAACUAUGUCCAGGGCAUUCUGGUGCCCCCUGCUUAAUGAUAAGUUCCCUAGGUUUCUUCACUGUGGAUCUGCUGGGCUGUGUCUCUGCUGCAAUUCCAUAAGUUGGUAUUUUUGCAGGAUUGGCUCUCUCCUGAUCCCACCUUCCUUUCUUGAUCUUUUUUAAAGCAACUUUCUUAGCCCUUUUGGCUAUGAAGAUAUGCUUAAAAGUGCUUGCAGGCAAAGCUUGCUGAAAUAAUCUUGAGCAGCUGCAGAAUGAGGGGCUCCAGGGGUCAAAGCGGGUGGGCUUCAGGGUCCUGCAUAGUGGACCUCCCUGUGAUUAGCAAAAGCAGGAUAAAGGAUGCAGAGUUGUAAGCAAAAAUUUGCAGAGUAACAGUGCAAUCUUACAUGUGUCUGCAUAGAAUUAAGUCCUGUGAGGUCCAAUGAGACUUAUUCCUAGGUAAAGGUGUAGAGGACUGCAGCUUAGGUUGUGCAAAAUACAAGCAAUUACGCAAAUUUGCUCAUCUAGUACCAUUCAUGUGGGUUGCAGAAUCAGCUUUGGGCAGGGGGGAAUUUGGACUGCCUGGACACAACCUUUAAUUUUAUUUGGCUGUAGACUUCAGUCCUGUGUACCUGUAUGUGAAAAAUGCAGGUCCGUCAUUUUCUCUUUUCCUCUUUUCUUCAUGGCAGCUAAGAGAACUGCCUUAGGAUGGUCAUUUUUUAAGAAUAAUAAUAAUUAAUAAUAAUAAUAAUAAUGGUUGGCAUCCUGGUCUCUUUGUUUUUCAAAUGAAUGUAUAUGGCUCCGGAGCCAACUGCAGAGACAGGCAAGGACUGCCAUUGCCAUGGGCAACACAGUCACUUCAAUAAAAACAGGCCUUUAAACAAUACAAAGGAGUGUGGAUUUGUUUGGUGUUGAUGCUGAUGAAAAGCAGCUGAUGGUGAACCACUUCACAUGCACAAGACCAAUCCAAAGAAAGCCACUAACCCAGCUGUGAGGAACCUCUGGCCCUGAAGAUGUUUGCUGAACUACAACUCCCAUCUUUCUUGGCUAUUGGCCAGGCUUGCUGGGACUGUUGGGAGCUGAAGUUCAGCAACAUCUGGAGGGCAAAAGGUUCCCUACAUCUGCCAUAACCCUAAUGACUGUGAUCACUGAGAUCAUCUGGAUUUUUAAAUAAAAAAAACAGAAUGGUGUUUUAUAGUGUACACCAUCUUUAUAAUUUAAAAUGUGGCUGUACAAACUUACUCAGAAAUAAAUAAAAACCUCACUCAUUGAU